GGUGACCUUUGACCGAUGACGGUUAGCGUUGUUUACAUCAGACAACUUUUUAGUCAAAGCUUGGAGGAAACAAAACGCAGGUUAUAACGUGCAUAUGGGGAAAUGAACGCUGAUAAAAGCGGUCUUGCUCAGUUAGGGGAACAGUAAUGCCAUAAAGGAAGGAGGCAGUACAGAGUCUCCUCUCCCAGGACAGGAGGGAUCUCCUCAGAAAUGGCAACUGACCUCCAUGAGACCAUAUUCACAGCCAAACAGGAGCGCCACAAAAACCUGUUCCUCAACUACAGGAACCUGAACAACUUCCCUGUGGAGCUGCUGAAGGAUGAAGGCCUGCAGUUUCUGGAGAGACUCUAUAUGAAGAGGAACUCCCUCACCACACUGCCUGACAAUCUUGCUCAGAAGCUCCCAAAUCUGAUUGAGCUGUAUUUGCACUCUAACAACAUAGUCAUCAUUCCUGAAGCCAUUGGAAACCUGGCCAAACUGCAGUCACUGGACCUGAGCGACAACGCCCUCCAGCUCCUCUGUCCAGAGAUUGGCAGACUGAGGUCCUUACGCCACCUGAGACUGUCCAACAACCAGCUGAAAUGCCUUCCUCCAGAGAUUGGUGAUCUGCAGGAUCUGGAGACUCUAGAUGUGUCCAUGAACCAGUUGGUGUCUCUGCCCGACCGGCUGUACCGGUGUCUGUCUCUGCAGUAUCUGACUGCUGACCACAACCACCUGAGCCACAUUCCCCGGCAGCUCUGCCAGCUGCACCGUCUUAACCAGCUCUCCAUGGCCACUAACCGGCUGGUCUUCCUACCACUCGAUCUGGGCAGAUCGCGGGAGUUGCAGUUUGUGUUUGUUGACAACAAUGUGGAACUGAAAGGCCUCCCCUCGUACCUGUACAACAAAGUCAUUGGCUGCAAUGGGUGUGGUGUGUCCUCCCAGGUGUUGGACAGUGACCUCGGUGAGGCGCUGGGUGAAGCUCUAAGCGAGGCUCUGGCUGGACUGCCAGGUGAAGUAAAGGUGGUGGGCUUGGAGACAGAUGGCGUGGUUCCCCUGGAGGAGCUUGCCAUGCGGACCCUGCACCGCACCUACCACCACCACCCAACGGAGCUGAACCUCGUGCCUCCCAUCAUACUCCCAAAGAGUCUGCUGGACCUGCUGCAGUUCCCCCUGGGCCACUGUCACCGUUGCAGCCAGCCCAUGUUCACCAUCGUCUACCCCAAGCUGUUCCCCCUCCGCAACACCGCCCUGGCAGGGGUCCACCGCAGAACCACAGUAAGUUUUGUGGCCUAUUGCUGCUCUAGUCACUGCCUACGGACCUUUGACCUCCAGGGAUGACCUCACCUUACUAGCCCCACUUCCUCUCAGCAGCUGCUGAUUGGGUUUCCAGGACCUGACAGAUGAUUGCUUACCAAGAGUCCGCCAAUGAAUGGUGGAUCUUGGUGUUCUUUACUCCAGUAUUUCAGGAGCCAGAUGCUUGAUUGACAGCACUAGGAACCACUGAAGAGCAGCCUGUGUGGACACUGGGCAGCGGUAAUAAUUGUAAUGAAAUCUGUUCAUGAAUGUCCAACACACUUUGGACAAAGAUACUAACACUAAUUCCAUAUGGAGUUCAGGUUAUGCGCAAUAGCACUUAUCUGAGUUUAACCAAAUGGCAUGUUAGGUCUUCAGAUUUAACUCCUACUGGAGUUGACAUAUUCACUGCUGUAUGUGAACAGCACAGCACUCUCAUAAUUCAAUUAGAUCUCUCUAGAAACUCUGUCAGUAUUAGACCUGAAGUAACCACAAUCCCUUUACUGAAAAUGGGCACUUUUGUUAACGUUAUUGAAGAACUUUAUUGAUUUAUUGGUGUUUGUCUUAAAAUGUACAGACUUUUGUGAAAUCGGAAGUUUUUUACAUCAUACAAUAGAAAAUAUACAUAUUUUGCAACACACAUCCCAUUUACAGUGAAGUUAUCUUUGUGAUAUUGUUGGUAUGUAUAUUUUUGUUUCAUUUGAACAGUUCUGCUCUAAAAUACUGUUGCACAUAAGGCAUUUUCUAUAGCUUGCACAGUAGCUUGCUUGAGAAAACCCUCUCCGAAUAGAGAGGUCCCAGGUUCAGUCCCUGCAGUAGUUAUGUGUCCUUGAGCAAGACACUGACUUUAUUUUAUGUUAAUCUGGAUAAGGUCAUCAGUUAAAGUAUAAUUGCAGUAUUUUUCAUCCUCAGCCCCACUUUUCCACGUUUUGGGGUCCAAAUGACUCAUAGGAACAAACAUUUUAAAAAUUUGUACACACGUUGGUCUCUGUAGGGAUCCAUUCCAUAAUGUUUCAGACACUUACAACAAUCUGAUCCUUUCAAUGGCAAAAACAACCACUUUUAGUGGACGCAGUUUAAUAGGCGAGCUUACCCCCUGUGGUUACAUUUUGGCAUGUUUUGCGGCUGCAGGCUGAGGAAUUCUCACUCAAUAAUGGACCAAUUCAUUUCAUUCAUUUCAUUUCAGUCAUUUGGACUCCAAAAGGUGGAAAAUAGGACUCAAAUUGAAAAGUACCGGAAUUAUCCUUUAAGUGCCUGCAAUGUACAUUUGGGGAAAUUCACAUUGUCACGACGUAUAUUAAUACAACAUAUAAGGAGUUCCCUUCCAAAAUACAUAUUUUUAUUUUUUAAAAAAAUGUAAUUGCACCAAGUUCAUCAUUAAUUGUUUCUAAAAUGUAUAGGAUCCAGUUUAAUGUCAACAAUACAAUAACACAUACAGAAUUUGUUUGAAUUUUAUGAUGUCAGUUCUGUGUAGGAGGAUGUGUCCCUUCCCCUUGUUUCAAUGAUUUCUAUUUUGUUCUGAAACAAAAACUCUCUGUAGGUCAUUAUUAACGUGUUGAAAAGUAACCAGUGGUUUUAACACAGAUGUGUUCAGCAUCCAACAACCUAAACAUGGACGGAUUGUUUUAAAAAGUCUUGUAGAGCCUUACAUCGUCAGCCUCACCAUGACAUUUUGACAUGACAGUUUGCAUUGUAAUGUUCUUGCCACAGACUAUAGAAAACAAGGCUUCUGCACUGCUUGAUUGUUUUGUCCAACUGAUGGCCGUGUGUUAAUGUUACUUAGUAUGAUGUUGUACAAUUCUAAUUUAUCAGUUGUUUUCUUUAGAAUGUGUUGCAUUUGGCAGUAAACAUUGAGUGAUGGUUUAACUUGA